AUGGCUCAGCCGAAGAAGGACAAGCCGAAGCCGGCCACCGCUGAGAAGGCUGCUCCCGGUGCCGCUCGUGGACGUGGCCAGACCCGUGGCAAAGGAAAGGGCCGUGGUGGUCGCGAGGCCCGCCCCAAGAAGAAGACCGUCGAGGAGCUCGAUGCCGAGAUGGCCGACUACUUCCCCGGUAGCGAAACCAAUGCUGCUGCCGGCGGCGCUGAGGUUGCACAAAUCACCGCCGGCGGUGACACUGCUAUGGACGACGAGAUGCUCUGA